AUGGUAACACUUCUUGCCACCUUACGAACGUCACAGGCAUGGAAAAAGUAUAGAUUUUGUACAAAGGAAAAGUGGAAUUCAGAUGGAGGGAGAACGGUUGUCCUUGCCGCAUCCAUUGUGAGCAAAACUGGAAAAGUGCUAGUUUCUAGACAGUUUGUGGACAUGUCUCGUAUCAGAAUUGAGGGUCUUUUAGCAGCAUUUCCCAAGUUGGUAGGAACUGGAAAGCAGCACACGUAUUUCGAGACGGAGAAUGUACGCUAUGUUUACCAGCCAAUAGAAGCACUGUACCUGCUUCUUGUAACAAACAAAAAUAGCAACAUACUGGAAGAUUUGACAACUCUGAGACUUCUCUCUAAAAUUGUGCCUGAAUAUUCGUACACCCUUGAUGAAGAGGGUAUUUGCGAACAUGCAUUUGAGUUGAUUUUUGCAUUUGAUGAAAUCAUCUCUCUUGGGCACAAGGAAAAUGUGACUGUUGCACAAGUUAAGCAAUACUGUGAGAUGGAGAGUCAUGAAGAGAAACUGCACAAACUAGUUAUGCAGAGCAAAAUCAAUGAAACUAAGGAUGUUAUGAAGCGGAAAGCUAGUGAGAUUGAUAAAAGCAAGAUUGAAAAAAACAAAGGUGAUAAAGGGGGAUUUGGUCCUUUACAAUCACUGGGCUCUGGAAAAAUGGAAAAUAGCUUUAGUGAUUUGAGCAUAUCUAUCAGCGGAACUGCUUUUGGAAGUGGCUCUGGUUUCGGAUUGAGUUCUGAUGUUGAUUCCUUUCCUACUAAGACUAAAGGUCGUCCUACUUCAUCAGCUACUGCUGCACCAAAAGGUCUUGGAAUGAAGCUUGGUAAAUCCCAAAGGACAAACCAGUUUUUGGAAUCAUUAAAAGCAGAAGGUGAGGUCAUUCUUGAAGAUGUUCAGCCAAAACAUAGCCUGUCUCAGGCAGCUGCCCCACCACCUACGGAUCCCAUCACUUUAUCUGUUGAAGAGAAACUAAGUGUGACACUAAAACGAGAUGGUGGAAUCAGUAAUUUUGAUGUGCAAGGCACAUUGUCUCUCCAAAUUCUCAACAAAGAGAAUGGACUUAUUCAAGUUCAGGUCCGAACUGGUGAGAAUCAGGCAAUCAUUUUCAAGACACACCCUAACAUGAAUAAAGAAUUAUUUACCAAAGAAAAUAUACUAGGACUAAAGGAUCCCAGUAGACCUUUCCCCACUGGUCAAACUGGUGGUUCUGAAGGUGUUGGUCUUUUAAAGUGGAGAAUGCAAAGCACUGAUGAAUCAAUGGUGCCGCUGACAAUCAACUGCUGGCCCUCUUCUUCUGGAAACAAUACUUAUGUCAGCAUCGAGUACGAGGCUUCCUCAAUGUUUGAUUUGCGGAAUGUUGUGAUCUCAGUACCUCUUCCAUCUCUUCGAGAAGCACCAUCUGUUAACCAGAUUGAUGGGGAAUGGAGGUAUGACUCUAGGAAUUCCUUUUUGGAGUGGUCUGUCUUGCUGAUUGAUAAUUCAAACCGCAGUGGGUCAAUGGAAUUUGUUGUUCCACAAGCCGAUUCAUCAGCAUUCUUCCCCAUUUCAGUUCGUUUUAUGGCAACAGAUACAUUUAGCGACCUGAAGGUCACCAACACCAUACCGCUAAAGGGUGGUAAUCCUCCUAAAUAUUCUCAGAGGACACAGUUGAUCACAGAAAACUACCUAGUUGUGUGA